AUGGAGGAGAAUGAUGAGAUGGUGGCCUCUCUGGGUAAGGAUGUAUUUUUAUUUAUUUAUUUUGCACAUUUUUUACUCAAUUUAUUUUAAUAAAUCAAUUAAAUUUAAAUACAUUUGCAUAUUGACUAAACCUCAAUAUAGUUUCCAUUAUAAGAUAAUGAAAGAUUUAAGGUAAGUUAAACUUUAAUAAAUAAGAACUAAAACAAGGUGAUUUUUCCUCCUGUUUGCUCUUACAUAGUUCAUUAUGUUUAUUUUAUUUACGCCGUUUGUAUCCCAUCCUUCGGCUAAAGAUCUCCAGGUGGCUAAAAAGCAAAAUUCAGAAAACUACCACAUCCAUAUAAAAGAUAAUAAAAUGCAGAAGCAAAACUACAACAAAUUAAUCGGUCUCUUUUAUAGCAACAGUUAGAACUCUGCAAAUCGUAAAGAAAACCUUGCCCCCACAUUUCCAAACCCUCUUAGAUACUUUACAUUUUUUAAACGGCACAAUUAUUUCUUUUCUAUAAAUAAGGAUGCAUUUUUAUCCCUCUUGACUGAUACACGUUGAAGGUGUGAAUCUCCUGUUUGAGCCAUUUAUUCAUGCCAUGAAGGAGCAACAUAGGAAUAGCCUGCUGGAUUAGGCCAGUGGCCCAUCUAGUCCGGCAUCCUGUUCUCCCAUUGGCAAAACCAGAUGCCUCUGGGAAACCAGCAAGCAGGAUUCGAACACAAUAGCACUCUUGCCUCCUGUAGUUUCCAGUAUUUAGGAACAUUGCUGCUUCUGAGUGUGGAGGCAUUGCAGAGCCAUCACGGCGAGUGGCCGGCAAUAGACUUCUCCUCCAUGUAUUUGGGACAUCAUUGCUCCCUGUGGGAUCAAGUUCCCUAGUUAAACUAUGUGCUGUGUGAAGGAGGCUGAUCUUUUAUUUGUGCUUUAUAUUCUUCUUCUUCUUCUUCUUCUUCUUCUUCUUCUUCUUCGAGUGGUACCUCGGGCUACAAACACUUUGGGUUACAAAUGCUUCAGGUUACAAACUCCAUUAACCCGGAAGUAGUACCUCGGGUUACGAACUUUGCCCCAUAAUGAGAACGUGCGCCGGCAGUGCAGGAGGUCCCAUUAGCGAAAGCACACCUCAGGUUAAGAACGGUUCGGGUUAAGAACGGACCACCGAAACGAAUUAGGUUCGUAACCCGAGGUACCACUGUAUUUUCUGGGAUUAUUUCCUUUCCUAAAAAUGUGCUACAUAGGAGAGGGGAGAUUGUUGGGGGUGUUGGAAUAAGAGAAAGUGCUGAUUGGUAUUGUUGUGUGUUAAGUUCUCUUGUUCUCUUCCUUGAAUACCUAACAAUAUUUUCUCUCCCCCUUCCCCACUUUAAACCAGGUGAUGGAGAAGGCAAUCAGAAUUCUGAGGGGCCAUCUGUGAAGAACUUCUGUGUGAGUGAACCCCUUAGCACACAUCCACAAACUAACACAGAGAAGAAAUCCUUUAAAUGUAUGGAGUGCGGAAAGAGCUUCAGUAAAAGUGGAAAUCUUACUGCACAUCAACGAAUUCACACAGGGGAGAAACCAUUUAGAUGUAUGGAGUGUGGGAAGUGCUUCAGUGAAAGCGGAAAUCUUACUGCACAUCAACGAACUCACACGGGUGAGAAACCAUUUAAGUGUAUGGAGUGUGGAAAGAGCUUCCGUGAAAAUGGAAAACUUAUUAUACAUCAACGAACUCAUACAGGGGAAAAACCACUUAAAUGUAUGGAGUGUGGGCAGAGCUUCAGUCAGAAUGGGACUCUUACAACACAUCUACGAAUUCACACAGGCGAGAAACCCUUUAAAUGUAUGGAGUGUGGGCAGAGCUUCAGUCGAAAUAGAACUCUUACAACACAUCUACGAAUUCACACAGGGGAGAAACCCUUUAAAUGUACAGAGUGUGGGCAGAGCUUCAGUCGGAAGGGACGCCUUACUCUACAUCAACGAACUCAUACAGGGGAGAAGCCAUUUAGAUGUAUGGAGUGCGGGAAAUGCUUCAGUGAAAGCGGAAAUCUUACCGUACAUCAACGAACUCACACGGGUGAGAAACCAUUUAUAUGUAUGGAUUGUGGGAAGUGCUUCAGUCACAGUGGAGGUCUUAUAAGACAUCUACAAACUCACACAGGAGAAACCCUGUAA